GGAAGAAGAUAAUUAACGUUCAGUUUCCAGGGCAUUUCAGGUGGCGGCUAAAAAGCGCCAAUUCAAUAAUAUUGUGGAGUUUAUAUGACGAUGUGAACGUUUUGUCCUCUCAUCAUAAACCGCUUCACCCAUAUUUGUGAACAUUAACCGGCUUACGGACGUGUCAGUUUAACGGUUCUUCCUCGGAGACCGACUCGUUUAGUUCGUUAAAAACAUGGAGAAACUUUUCAGCAAAGUGCUACAAGUGAAGCUGAGGUGCUCGGACUGUGAGGAAAGAAAAGCAAGUAUCCGUGUCACCAUUGACCUUCAGAUGACAUCAAAUCCGGUACACAAAAGGGAUCUUCUAGUGAAACUAACUGAUGAUAUGGAUCCAUAUUUUCUCUUCAACCUCUCUAUAUCAGAAGAAGAUUUCCAAAGUUUGAAAGUCCAGCAGGGCCUGCUGAUAGACUUUGCCUCAUUUCCUCAGAAAUUUAUUGACCUCUUGAAUCUAUGCUCUUCAGAACAGGAGAUGGACAAUCCAAGGUUUCUUCUGCACUUGUCGUGUCAGUCUCCAGUGCUUGAAGGCCCUGCCAAUUUCAGUGUUGUAGAGACAAAUGCGUUCAAACACCUGAACCACUUGUCUUUGCGGCUUGCUCAAGGGUCUGACAAAGAGAUUAAAGACUAUCUGGCAGUGUGUCUCUCCUCUCUGAAGACAGAAAAGCAGGUCCUAGAGAUGAAGCUUAAGAAGACUGAAGAUGAUCUGUCCAGGCAGUUGAGUUAUGCCCAACAGACUCUGUCUGAGAAGACUAAAGAGCUGGACAAACUGCGCUCAGACUGGACUAGUCAGACCAGCUGUCUGUCCAGCCGUCAUUCUCUGGAGUUACAGUCAGAAAGGGAAAAGGUGGUAGAGUUACAGGACAGGCUUCAACAGCAGACUGAACAGCUCCGUCAGGAGCUGGAGAGUGCACAUAAGAAGAACAACCAACAGCUUCAGAGCAGGCUGUCAGAACUGGAGGCCUCCUGCAAAGAGCUAACAGAGAGGAAAUACAAGAAUGAGUCUGUCAUCAGAGACCAGAAGAUCAAACUAGUAGGAGUGGAGGAGGAGUGCCAGCAUUUGAAGCAGCAGGUCUUGUCUCUAAGGAGGGAGAACAGCACUCUGGACACAGAGGUUCAUGAGAAGGAGCGUUUGGUGAGCCAGCUGCAGAUGAGAGUGGCUGUUCUAGAACAGGAGAUCAGUGAUAAGGACCAGCUCAUGCGCCGCACAAAAGAAAUGCUGGAAGCCACUCAGCAGCAGAAGGAAUCAGUUGAAGGAAAUGCUGAAAGUAAAGAACUCCAGGUUAAAAAACUUGAAGCAACAGUGAAAUCACUGUCUGAGGAGUUAAUUAAGGCUAAUGGUAUCAUCAAGAAGCUGCAGGGGGAGGUCCGAGGCCUAGUUGGAAAAAUAAAAGUAAAAAACACUGUGACUGUAUCACAGGAGAAAGUCCUCCAGGAUGUAUCAGACAAACUUCAAGAUGUUACAAAGGAUCUACAGAGCACCCACCAGCAGCUCAUCACCAAGAAUGAGCAGGUUUCAAAACUGAAAGAGCAGCUGGAGACAACAGUGCAGAAGCUCAAUGAAAGCAGAGAAGUGUUAAAAACAAAUGAGAAUGUUAUUAGUUGGCUUAACAAGCAACUGAAUGAAAGGCAGCUGUCCAGAGAGCCACCUGAAUCUUUAGGGAGUCCUUCAGUUUUAUCCACCACAGCAGGACAGAGGGCAGACUUCUAUCCUCAGACAGGCAAACCUGCUCUGUCUCCUGUGGCGACUGCUGAUGUCACACCUGCUGAGCAGCAAACAAUGCAGCCAGCUAACAGACAGUUUGGUCUGGAUUCCAAGUACUUUGGGAGGAGAGAUGAUAGCAUCCCAAUCAGUGGUCUGUUGUCUAAUCAUCUUAACAGAGAGUUCCCUCAGCUGACAAAGCCCUCUGUGACUUCUGCUUACUUCUCUGCAUGAUGCAGACCAACAUACAAAACGAGGUGGAAGUCAAACCAACCAAACCUCCCUAUCUACGGCAUGUUAUGAGCCCGGGUCCAAAACUGUUUCUGGCCUGCUUUAUUGAACAAACUUGAGUUGUUGCUUUUUUAAAUAUAUGUAUGUGCCAAUUGUCUACACCUCAAGCAUCUAGUUUGUGUUUCAAUUUAAAUCUCUUAAACUUUAUUUCCUGGUAGUUUCCAUGGAUCAUGAUGAAUGUAUAAAUGUAUUUAAGUUAUUCUGUUUUUCCUGAUACAGUAUGUUCAAUUUGAUUAAGUGUUUAGUUUAUGUUUUUGUUUCUGUAGUAUUUCAGUAAUGAAUAAUAAACAGCAUUUCCAUGCUCAGUGGUAUUCACAGUA